AUGCCUUUUCCGUUGCCAUCCAUAUCCUACCCACCCUCUAGGGACGGGUUUUGGAAUCCUGUCACAGCAACCAUCAACUGGUGCGAAGAGGACUACUAUGUCACACCAUACGUGGCCGAGUUUGUCAACACUUUCACAAAUGCGAUAUUCGUCUAUCUGGCGUUGGUUGGAAUUUCCAGCUGCAUUAGAAAUAACCAUCCUCGAGUAUUUCUGGUGGCAUAUGUCGGGUACAUGACCAUCGGUAUCGCAAGCGUGGUCUACCAUACCUCAUUGAAGUUACUGACCCUCGAGCAAGACUGGAUGCAGCUAUUUGAUGAGCUGUCAAUGAUAUACACCACAUGCGUCCUCUUUUAUGCGGUAUUUUCUCACGGAAAAUCCUUGUUCGGCCAGGCUCUUCUGGGCACCUUCAUCACUGGCUUGGCCAUUUUCAUCACCGUGUACUACCACUAUCUCGGAGAUCCCGUCUUCCAUCAAGUCAUGUUCGGGAUACUCACAGCCACUGUUGUGUUUCGAAGCAUGUACAUCAUGGAGAAGGUACUCCGGCCCAAGUCCAUGUCUCAGAGCAAGGCUGAGCUUCUCGACACGCAACUCCUCAAGAAGAUGUGGACGCUGAUUACUUGCGGUCUUGUCUCUAUAGCCAUUGGAUUUUUGGCUUGGAACCUUGACAACAUAUUCUGUUCGCAUCUUCGACAGUGGAGACAAAAACUCGGACUCCCCUGGGGCGUUCUCCUCGAGGGCCAUGGAUGGUGGCACCUAUUCACCGGUAUUGCAUGCUAUAUCAACGUCACUUACGGCGUCUGGCUACGCUAUUGCAGAGACGGCAAGAAGGAAGAAGUCGUCUUGGCGUGGCCUUCGAUGUUCGGUUCCAUUCCCACUGUUGAGCGAGCGCAACAUGGAGGACAUCUGUCGAAGCCUGGAUCUAAAACGGAGUGA